AUGACACUGAAACCAAGCGUCAAAGCUCCAAAAUGGCGGUCUCCAAGUUCACCAAGGCAGAAAAAAUUUCGAUUUGAAAAGUCCAAAAUCAAGGUCAUGUUAGUCGCUUUCUUCGAUUGCGAUGGACUCAUUCAUCAUGAAUUUCUUCCUCCUAACAUGACUGUCAAUGGACAGUUCUACACAGAAGUUCUUGACCGACUUCGAAAACGAAAUCGUAGAGUGAGGCUUCAUUUUCAACAAAAAGGAAGUUGGCUCCUGCUACAUGAUAAUGCCCGCCCAGAAAUUGCGUUGCCUGUGAGGCGAUUCUUAGCCCAGCAUAGUGUCGUUGAAAUGCAGCAUCCACCAUACUCUCCAGACUUAGCACCCGCAGACUUUUUCCUGUUUCUUAAGCUGAAAAAUUCGCUGAAGGGAACAAGAUUUCAGGAUGUCGAAGCCAUCAAGAAAACUGUAACGUCAGUAUUAAAGAGCAUUCCAAAAGGACUUUAA